AUGUGAAUCAAUCCACAGAGACGCCAUUCGUUGUCGAGGGAGACCGAAGAAGAAGAAAAAGGGAGAUCAAUCAAUAAGAAGGAACGAUGAGUGGUGCAGGGAAGAAGAUAGCAGAUGUGGCUUCGAAAGCAUCUAAAGGCAUUGAUUGGGAUGCCAUGGCAAAGCUCCUUGUCUCCGACGAGGCACGCAAGGAGUUCUCUAAUCUCCGACGUACCUUCGAGGAAGUCAACUCCACUCUCCAGACCAAGUUCAGUCAGGAACCAGAACCCAUAGACUGGGAAUAUUAUAGAAAGGGAAUUGGCUUCCGCUUGGUGGAUAUGUAUAAACAGGCCUAUGACAGCAUAGAGAUCCCCAAAUAUGUUGACAAUGUGACACCUCAAUACAAACCCAAGUUUGAUGCACUGUUGGUGGAGCUGAAAGAAGCGGAAGAGAAAUCCUUGAAAGAGUCUGAGAGACUGGAAAAGGAGAUUGCAGAUGUACAAGAGCUGAAGAAAAAGCUUAGCACCAUGACUGCAAAUGAGUAUUUUGAGAAGCACCCAGAGCUGAAGAAGAAGUUUGAUGAUGAGAUCAGGAAUGACUAUUGGGGUUAUUGAUAUUGCCCCUGCUGAUAUAAC